AUUAAUUGUUUACUGUUACACAAGUCACAGUAAAGGAAGUUAAAUGAAACUGGUUUAUAUACCAAUACAUUGCCUCAUUGCCUCUAUAACUUCCCCUGACUGACCUCGGACUGGCGCUUUAAGUAGUUUGCCUAACACCUCAAAGUCCCGCCUUCGGGCCUGCAGCCAUUGGCUCAACGUCUCAGUUGGGGAAUUUUAAUUGGAUGCUGAGCUGACGUUUAAAAAAAUCCGGAACUAAUACUGCGUCUGUAAACAAACGCUGCAUGUCCUUUGGAGAAACGACAUGCCGACCUCCCCCGUAAAGACGCGGAUUCCACUUACGAGUUUGGGUCAUCUUAUUAGCGAAGUCAAGCGACAGCUCUUCGGGAUUGAUCCACCAAUGCCAACAGAACUGACAGGAUGGAGGAAGCACUUUAACAGCUACACAUUACAAGGACGCAGAAAUUUUGUUCUUGCCACAUAUGGUGUUCUUGCACUCACAGCUGCCGUCUACAUGAUGAGACACAGCAGGAAGGAAGAACAUGAAACAACAUCUGCCUCCUCCAUAAACUACAAAUGGAAAGUUAAGGGAGGUUAAGAAUACAAGAAAUUAUUCAUGAUCACUACACGAGUGGACCUUGGUUAAUGAAGCUCACUGGCCAGAUGUUUUCCUCUUCUAUCAUGCACACAGGUUGUCAUUUAACAUAAAAAUAAAUAAAAUCACAAUAAACUGUAGACCAAUGAAGUCCCGCUUACGUCACCAAGAGAAAAGUCUGUUGCUUGUGAAUAAUACAUCCGUGCCUGGAUGUAUGGUUCUCAAUAAAACCCAUAACAUUGCAUGUGAAUCUAGAUAAAGUGAAUGUCAAUAAUGUUUUAAUAGCCUUGCUGUACUGUUUCGUUUAUUAGGUGUUGAUCUGCCAGUAGAGUGCAGUGCAAGCUUAUCGUCAUGUGUGUUUCUUGGAAGCCGUUUGCUUUAUGUGUUUUAAAGGCAAAUCGUGUGGUUACUUCAACAGCUGUUGGUUUUAGGUUAGUGAAACUAGCAUGCCAGAAAGGGAUGUUUUCCUGUAAAGUGAAAUGCUCAGAAACUAUUUCAGAAAUAACAGCGCUCUUGUAAUGUGUUUUUUUCCCCCCUGCUUUUUGUUUCAGGAUGAACAUGUCAUUUAAUUGUGAUCAGGUGUCAUUUUGAAAGUCAGUCUUCCUUUAAGUGUAGUUGCUGUGAGGUCUACAAUAUUCCAUUAUUAUGCUAAUAAACACAUGAAUGAGGUACUACCCAUUUUCUGUAGUAAAAUAUGUUUCUGCCGUAUGUUUUACCAAACAGUUAUGUCAUCUACGUAUCUCUGACUUUUCAAAUACUUUCGCCUCGGUGUGAUGCAUCUACACCUGAAUCAACUGAAGUGAAACUGAAAUGAAAAAUCUGUGUGCACCUUUGGUGGGAUGUGGUAAACCUUUUUCUUUCCCCCCCUUAAAGACAGAGCGGUAUCCUACUCAGCUGUAGUAAAUAUUCUUUAGGUGAAUGUGCAAGCAGUUGCAUUAGAGCUGUGGUCUUUUUGGUUUUUGUGGCUCAUCUCGUCAUCCUAAAGGUCCAUUCAGUCCUUUGGGUGAAAAUUCAUCUUUGGAUUCAUCUGCAGUGCAAGGCGCCGCAGAAUCGUUCAUCUAUGUCGUAGGACCAUGGAGGAAUGGUAUGAGUGUGCCCUGAUUCAGAAUGGUCCAGCAUAAUGACACUGACCAUGCAGUCGCGCCACAGAGCCCAUCCAAGCUGGCCGAGUCCCCUAAACCCUGUGCUGUCCUACCAACACACUUCCACCCCUUUCGGGACCAGCGGGAAUGUGACCUCAUCACCCAGGCGGUGGAUUACUUGAAGCACAGUGGAUUUUACUGGGGCCCCUUGGAAGUAGACGAAGCUCACUUUCGACUUGCCAGACUUCCUCUUGGGACAUUUCUGAUCCGGGACAGCAUGCAGGCAAACGUUUUCUUCACUCUCAGCUAUCGGGCCCCCGAGGGCCCGACCAGCGUGAGGGUGCUCCUGAAGGACGGAGGAUUCAGUUUAGCGGGAAGCAAAAAUACAUUCUCUUGCCUUUUUGGCUUGCUAGAAUACUAUAUUGCGUCCCCCAAAAAGAGCCUGAGCAUGCCGUAUCGCGGAGAAGCGCCGCAGAGCCUGCAAGAACUGUCGAGGAGAGCCGUGGUGCGGAGUUUGGGGAAAGAUAGUAUUCAACAUCUCCCCGUGAGCAAGAAACUGAAAGAAUUUCUGUGGUUGUACCCUUUUAGUAUAUGAACGUGCGUCGUUCGCGUGUAGAUGUUACAGACGUUGCAGCUCUUCGACAAAGUACGAUUUAUUGGAACAGCUAUCCCAAAGUGCAUUUCAUUUGGCGGGGUCACAUUAGAGGAAAUUCUGCAAAAUUUCACGGGGCGAGAAAAAUAGCGUGUGGAGA